AUUCAUGAUUUUCUUUUAGUCUUUCUAGGAUUAGGUCUUAUAUUAGGAGGUCUAGGAGUGGUAUUACUUACCAACCCAAUUUAUUCUGCCUUUUCGUUGGGAUUGGUUCUUGUUUGUAUAUCUUUAUUCUAUAUUUUAUCAAACUCUCAUUUUGUAGCUGCCGCACAGCUCCUUAUUUAUGUGGGAGCUAUAAAUGUUUUAAUUAUAUUUGCCGUGAUGUUCAUGAAUGGUUCAGAAUAUUACAAAGAUUUUAAUCUUUGGACUGUUGGAAGCGGGGUUACUGAUUUUGUUUGUACAAGUAUUUUUGUUUCACUAAUUACUAUUCUUCCAGAUACGUCAUGGUAUGGAAUUAUUUGGACUACAAGAACAAAUCAGAUUAUAGAACAAGAUUUGAUAAGUAAUGGUCAACAAAUUGGAAUUCAUUUAUCAACAGAUUUUUUUCUUCCAUUUGAAUUCAUUUCAAUAAUUCUUUUAGUUGCUUUGAUAGGUGCGAUUGCUGUGGCUCGUCAGUAAAAAAUCUUUAGAAUUAGUAAUCGCAAUCCAAAUUAAACUUUGGUCUAUGUUAUCACAUCUAUUUUCCUUCAAUUCUAUUUAAAGAUUUUUUAUGUAUAAAUUCUUUUAUUUGAUCUAUUAUCCAAAUAUUUCUUUGAUUUGUAUUUGGGAUAUUCUUAUUUUAGCCAAUCCAAUCUGUUGAUGUUGAAUUGUUGUUUAUAUUGAAAUAAAUCGAAAUUGAUAAGGAGUUGGUCAAUGAUGCUCGAACAUGUACUUGUUUUGAGUGCCUAUUUAUUUUCUAUUGGUAUCUAUGGAUUGAUCACGAGUCGAAAUAUGGUUAGAGCCCUUAUGUGCCUUGAACUUAUACUGAAUGCAGUUAAUCUAAAUUUCGUAACAUUUUCUGAUUUUUUUGAUAGCCGCCAAUUAAAAGGAAAUAUUUUUUCCAUUUUUGUUAUAGCUAUC